AAUGAAAGAGAAACUAUUAUUUGUUUGAUAGCCUUAUUCAAAAUAACUCGGUUUUACUUCUUUUAGCAUCUGGUAAAAAUAAGAUAACAAAACAAAUUUAAACACUCCAGGUACAUUUUGUCUCUAACGCUCAAUUUCACACCUAUACAAUCCUAAAAUGUCCUGUAUUUAGAUCACGUGCCUCAAGAUGACGCAAACACUGACCGUUUUCCUGCUGCUGCUGAUGUCUCGGCGUUUGUCUGUGACCGCUAAAAUCAACGACUGCGACCCCCAGAUCCCAUCGAGACCCCAACCGGCUCCACCUGGCCACGGGGUUCAGAUGGCUCUCUCACACACUGAGCCGACGGUUUGCAAGGAAGGAGAGUAUUUCGAUAGAUUCACGUGCAGAUCUUGUGACGAUGGGACGUUUAUGACACGCAAGAUGGCGGAGGAGGGUGAACACGUGACAUGCGUCAGAUGUUACCAACCAGAGCUGGUAAGGUCAUCAAGUUUUAUCAAAUCAAGUUUUGUUUCAUCUCCAAUCACAAUGUGUUGGAGAAGAGUAUGUUUUUUUUAAAUUUUUUAUUCGUAACGACUUUUUACCACUGACGUGAGAUAACGUUCAUGACAGUUCUGUCAUAGUUAGUUGUGCAGAUUCCAGAUUGUAAGUUUAUUUUUCAGUCGGUUUUUUUUUUUUGAGCGUUUGACCUGAACACUUUAUAAAACUUUUUAAAAAAUUUUUUAUAUUCAUUUUUUCAUUAUUUUCUAAAACAAUCCAUAAUAGCUAAUUUUUAAAGGAUGAAAAAUAAUAGAUUUAAUGUUAAAAAAUUUACGAACAUUUAAUGACGUACGCGGAGAGCUGUGAUUUGUUGAAGCUCAUAAGGCCGAUAAAAUUUCCCUUAGACGGAUUGCAUCCAUUUACACCACAAAGUGCAUUCAACAUGUUGGCGGCUUUCCUUCUUCAAUGUUGACUAAUUUCUAAUUUCAAGUACUCGGCCAAGAUGGAAACAUAUCAAUAUUUUAGUUGUAACCACAUCCUAUAAAUUUUGCAUAAAUUUUGUAAAGCGUACUUUACGACGAAAAAACCCCCAAAAAACCUAAAUAUAAACGAAACAUCGGCAGCCAUGCCAAGGCCACUUUAAAAUGGGGCGGUUUUUAACUCAUGAUACGAUGUAGUCAGUUAUUUCAUCUUUAUUUUAUCUUUACAUAAAACUCGCAUCUUUUACAUGGCUGUGCUGCCUUUCAAAUUCUUCAUGGUCUUUUAUUUAUCAUCAUCCACUUGUAGGCUGAGAUCGUAGCAGAGCCGUGCACGAGGACAAGGGACGCUAAAAUUAUGUGCGAGGACGGGUAUUUCCGAUUCGAAGACCCGGAGGAACGGUGCAGAUCUGAAUGCAGACUGUGCGACACGUGCGGUGUGGGAGUCUACAUGUUUCACAACUUUGUGGGUCUAGAGUGUGGCGGCUACCAGAAUACUGUAUGUUGUCCAACGGACAGCAUGGUGGUCAUAAACGGCUCAUGUGUACGGAAAGGUACUGUUCCGACUACAGCUGCGCCAACCACACCAUCCACUCCCACAACACAGACUACUUUCACCACGCAAACUGUAAUGGCUUACGAUCAUUUACACAAUGGUGAUGGACAUCAAGGGUCAAAGGGCAGUAAUAUAACUAAAUAUCUACCCUCCUUAGCCCUUUAUCUUCUUUACUAUAAAGCUGUGUAUCACACCCUGCUGUAAUGUUGAUUUAUGCAUCAAUCAUGCAAAGAUAUCUUUUUUUAGCUUAAACUCUAUUACAUUCCAUUGUCAUUUGGGAAAUUAUGAGAUUUAAAAUAAACCUUAAUCAUAUUUGCUAAACCCAGCCAAGAUUCCUAAGUCACAUGUCAGCAUUCAGUGUUUUGAUUGGAUGGUUACCUAGGCUCAAAUCAGCGCUGCCCAAUAGACAUGAUAUCAGCCCUCUCUCAAAACUGUAUUACAUAAUUUUUUCUGAAACAAGUCCACCCUUCUCAAUACAAUGCUAAAUGCCAUGUCAAACAAAUUUCUCGACCCCUUGCUGUGUGCAAUAUUUUCUUGAUACAACGCGAACUGCCUUUUGUUGCCUGUAACCACUUUUCUCUAAAAUAUGCUGCAAAAAAUUCUAAAAUGUGACCAGAAUAUCUUGUUAUACGCUAAAUGCCAUGGCUACUAAAGUUAUUUUUUUAAGCUGGUGACUAUUCAAAGCUAUGGUGCCACGAACAAACAUACAACAUCGUUUUUAAGCUACCUUUUUGACGCAGGCCUGUCGGAAAGGUAAGGAGGGAAACAGACAGAUCAAGAUAUGCCCCAAGUAAUAAAUAAGUGUUAUUGCGCAGCUACCUGUAAGAAGAAAAAACCGCUUCAUUACAUCAUUGAUAUGCUGUGAGCUACAAAACAUGUGUGAACACAUACAACAAAGGUUGCACUUUUUAAACAGUUUAUCUUUUUCACUGUAUGGCUCAAACACAAACAUCCAGCACUUAACAAACCUGGAUGUCACUCGGUAAGAGAAGCAACAUUCAAAUAUCCUAUCCGCUUUCCACGUUGAAAUUCAAACAUCAUUUUCAUGUCUCUAGUCAGUCGAAGAAGUUCACGUGUAAAGCUACAUAACAGCAUUGAUUAUACCAUUGAUAAUAACAUUGUUGUUAACUUUGAAUUUUAAAAAAACCCAUUGAUAUUACAUUGAUAUUACAUUGUUUUAAAAUGUCAUUAAAACAUUAAGAACAUUAAAAAUUAACUUGGACAUUAAUAUUAAUUUAGCUAAGGAACACAAUAUUGAUAGCCGCACGUACAAUUACUUUGACAAUAACACAGAAAAUAACGUGAUUAUUAUACGUAUUAGGCAAUUCAAUAUUUAUCUUUCUCCUUAAAGACGCAACUUAUUAAGAUUGUCCAUUCAAGGAACUUAACUUAUCUGUGCAUUACUUUUACUGAUACCUUCAAAACAAUUCUCAGUGCCUCAUUUUUUGUUUACAGAAAAUUUUUUUUUUCUUAUAUCAAAGCAGCCUUUGUUUGACUAAAUCGUAUACAACACUUUAUUAAUAUACCUCUAUUUGAAUGAUUUCUAAAAGCCUUGUUUUAUCUUUAACUAAACGUUGUAUUAUAUGUUCAUAUUUUUAAUGAAACUUAUUAAAACGAUUUCAUCGAUACCUCAUUUUUAAAAUUGAAUUAAAAAAAAAAUAAGAAAAUUUUAUUAGUGCAUCAUCUUAAAAAAAACAAAAACAAAUUUUGUUGUUUUUUAUUAUCUGUGCAUCAUUUUAAUCUGUUGUAUAUGAUAUACGUGCACAUUCUUCCUGUGGUAAAAAUAAAAACAAAGUAGACUCUGAUGUUAAAUGAUCAGUUGUGAACUAAAUGAAUCAGCGGUCCUCAACCUAUUGUUAAUGUAGCUUUACUAUUUGAACUCUGAUGAUCAAGGGUGCACGUCAUGAAACGUUUCCUUGAAAUAAAUGCAUGCCUUAGUCAUGUUCUUUUGACUUGUCCUGUGGGCGUGACGAGCCAAGAUAGAAAUUCUGAACUUAAAAUAAUAUACAAUGAGAAGAUAACAAAUUAAUACAUUUCAAUAGUAAAAUGUUUUAACCCAUAAAAUCUCAUUUCCAAAAGUGAUGUUGUGUCUCUGCAUUGUUUCGACCUUGCCGUUCUGUUAAUGUGUAACAGUUGUUUGGUUGCUGUGUCCUGUCAUUGUGUUUGUGAGUUAAAGUAUGCACCGGUUAAAAGAGAAGUGUAGCCUCUACAUUUUCCCCAGAUACUUUAUCCAUCACAUUUUGAUGGAUUUCUUUUCCCGCCACUCCCACAAUAAAUGACAACGCAGCCACUCACUUCACCUGACGCGUUGGUCAGUCAUAAGUCUGUCCUACUUUCUCCAGCAUAUUUCUUAAGCCUUAUUUUCAUUUACGUUUUUUUUUAAUAUAAAUAAAAGUUUUAUUUGUUUCGGUAAAUUUUAUACUUAAUUUUUCUUAGAAAAAAAAUUACGAUGGUCCUAAAAAGUGUGGUGAAGAAAAAAAAAACACCACCC